UUUGACUUAUCUAAACCUGCGUUUGUUAACACAAUACAGCGGUAGCAAGAAGAAGAAGAAAAAAAAGAAGAAGAAGAAGCUCUGCUUCACUUUGAUUUGAUCUGAGAAUUCAGAAGUAGCAAAGCACCUUGUGUAUUCCUUCCACUUCCACAUGCUCAAAUCACUCUCUCUAACCCACCUCUCUUCUCUCUUACCCCACACUCGUCCCAUGUUCUCUUCCACUUCCAGAUUGCUCUGUCACUGCCAAUUCCUCCAUCUACCUCCAUCAUCGCCAUUCACCAAACCACAAUGCUCCAGAUUCCUCUCCACCAAUCCCACCCCAUACCCACUCCAAUACGAGAUGAUCAUCAACCGCCCCGACACCCCACAAACUCGCCGACGACCUGUUCGACAAAAUGCCAAUGACGCCCCUUCCGAACCGGACCAACCCGACGACUCGCUGCAGGGAUGGGCCAGCGGUAAACUAGCUUCAGACGCCGAAUUGGACCGACCCGGGUCGUCGAAAUUGGAACUUGACAAGGCUAAGAGGAAGUACUACAAUAAGCGGAGGAAGAGGAUGUAUGGGUCGGAUUCUGAGGAUGAGGGGAGGAGGCAUGAGGAUGGGUUCGUGGAGCUAAAACCGGAGGUUGUGGAGCUUCCUACAAUGCACAAGAGGGAGGAGGAGUUGUAUUUCUAUGAUGCAUUUGCUUAUCCGUGGGAGAAGGAGAAGCAUUACAAGAUGGUUUAUCAGUUGGAGAAGAAGUAUUUCCCUGAUCAGUGUCUUGAUAAGGCGUUUGUCGAACCGGGGCAGGUGAGUUCGAGUGCAAAUGUGAGUGGUAAGGGGAAGGGUAAGAGCAGAGUUGGUGGGGUUGUUAAGGGGGAGAAGAAAGAUGAGGAGGUUGAUGGUGUUGGUGAUGACAGGUUGGUGUUUUUUGAGGAGAAAAAGGAAGUGAAAGAAAAGGGUAAGGAUCUUACCGAGAAGAAGGUUGAGGAGUUCUUUAAGGGUUUGAAGAAAGCUCCUGGUAAGGAUGGUCAAGUUGAUGAGGCAGGGGAGCCAUAUUUUUCUUCAAGGAGGGCUGGACUCCCUCCCACUUGGGAUGGUCCACAUGGCACCGUGCUUUUGGUGAACAAACCCAAAGGUUGGACUUCAUUCACAGUUUGUGGAAAGCUGCGUCGCAUUGUCAAAGUGAAAAAGGUAGGCCAUGCUGGAACUCUUGACCCAAUGGCUACUGGUUUAUUGAUCGUUUGUAUUGGCAAAGCAACAAAAGUGGUAGACAGAUAUCAAGGGAUGGUUAAGGGUUAUAGUGGGGUUUUCCGCUUAGGUGAGGCUACUUCAACAUGGGAUGCUGAUUCGCCAGUCAUUCAACGCGAGCCAUGGGAGCACAUCAAAGAUGAGGACAUAAAGAAAAAAGCUCUGUCCUUUUGUGGGGAGAUUUGGCAAGUUCCUCCGAUGUUCUCAGCUAUUAAAGUGGGAGGUGAAAAGAUGUAUGAGAAAGCAAGAAGAGGAGAAAGCAUUGAACUUUCGCCUAGAAGAAUUUCAAUAUUCCAGUUUGACAUAGAGCGUAGCUUGGAUGACAGACAAAAUUUGAUUUUUAGAGUAACAUGUUCAAAAGGAACAUAUAUUCGGUCACUCUGCGCCGAUUUGGGGAAGGCCCUUGGCAGCUGCGCCCAUUUAACUGCUCUCCGAAGAGAUUCAAUCGGGCAAUAUUCAGCUGAUGAUGCAUGGGAAUUUCAAGAAUUGGAAGAGGCUAUUACCAAAAGUUAUCUCUAACUGCUCUCUUGUUCCCUGCCAUAUGAUCAUGAGAGCCAUUACAUGCAUUUUCCUCCUCUGGUAAAUACAUAAGUGGGGUGUUUUAUAAGCCGCUUCUUAAUCAUAUGGUCCUUUCUGGAUGUUCCACCCUUCAAUUUUUAGAUUUAAUUUGUGACUUAGUAGUAUAUAAAGUUGAGAGCAAUGUUCUGUAAAAUUAAUUCAUUAUUCAUUUUUAUUAGGAGAUUAAUUCUUUGAGAAGCGACAGUCCUGAUGUUUCAAGAGAUGCUACACAAUGUGAUGACUUUAUGUCAAUUUAAAAUUUCAAUUGACUUAAUCUCUUAAA